UCCGGGACAAGAUGGCGCCGUCCACGCCGCUUUUGACAGUUCGCGGAUCAGAAGGACUGUACAUGGUGAAUGGACCCCCACACUUUACGGAAAGCACCGUGUUUCCAAGGGAAUCUGGGAAAAACUGCAAAGUGUAUACAUUUAGUAAAGAUGGGACCUUGUUUGCCUGGAACAAUGGAGAAAAAAUAAAUAUUAUCAGUGUCACUGACAAGAGACUGGUGCACUCCUUUGACCUUCCCAAGGCAGUUUGCAUUGAGUUUUCGCCAAAGAACACUAUCCUGGUGACGUGGCAGCCAUACACAACUUCUAAAGAUGGAACAGCUGGAAUACCUAAUCUCCAACUUUAUGAUCUGAAAACUGGGGUGUGUUUGAAGUCUUUCAUUCAGAAAAAAAUGCAAAAUUGGUGUCCAUCCUGGUCAGAAGAUGAAGCUAUUUGUGCCCGAAAUGUUAACAAUGAAAUUCACUUCUUUGAAAACAACUUUGAUACAAUUGUAAAUAAAUUGCAUUUGCAAAAAGUUAAUGAUUUUGUCUUAUCACCUGGACCCCAACCAUACAAGGUGGCUGUCUAUGUUCCAGGAAGUAAAGGUGCCCCUUCAUUUGUUAGAUUAUACCAGUACCCCAAUUUUGAUGGACCUCAUGCAGCUUUAGCCAAUAAAAGUUUCUUUAAGGCGGAUAAGGUCUCGAUGCUGUGGAAUAAAAAAGCUUCUGCUGUGUUGGUAAUAGCUAGCACAGAGGUGGACAAGACAGGUGCUUCCUAUUAUGGAGAACAGACCCUGCACUACAUUGCAACUAAUGGAGAAAGCGCUGUCGUGCAAUUACCAAAAAAUGGCCCCAUUUACGACGUCGUUUGGAAUUCCAGUUCUACUGAGUUUUGCGCUGUCUAUGGCUUUAUGCCUGCCAAAGCAACCGUUUUCAAUUUGAAAUGUGACCCUGUGUUUGACUUUGGAACUGGUCCUCGCAAUGCAGCCUACUACAGCCCUCACGGACACAUCCUAGUCCUUGCUGGCUUUGGGAACCUUCGGGGCCAAAUGGAAGUGUGGGAUGUCAAAAACUACAAACUCAUCUCUAAACCAGUGGCCUCCGAUUCAACAUAUUUCGCCUGGUGCCCAGAUGGCGAGCACAUUCUCACGGCCACCUGCGCUCCAAGGCUUCGUGUGAACAAUGGGUAUAAGAUCUGGCAUUACACCGGCUCCGUCCUGCACAAAUACGAUGUGCCCUCCAAUGCAGAAUUGUGGCAGGUCUCUUGGCAGCCAUUUUUAGAUGGAGUAUUUCCAGCCAAAAAAAUCACUUAUCAAGCAGUCCCAAGCGAUGUGCCAAGGGAAGAACCUAAAGUUGCAAGUGCUUACAGACCCCCAGCUUUAAGGAAUAAACCAAUCACUAAUUCCAAACUGCAUGAGGAUGAACCCCCUCAGAAUAUGAAGCCACAACCAGGAAAUGACAAGCCAUUAUCCAAAACAGCGCUUAAAAAUCAAAGGAAGCAUGAGGCUAAGAGAGCUGCGAAGCAGGAAGCAAGAAAUGACAAGAGUCCAGAUUUGGCAUCGCCUCCUGCUUCACAGAACACACCUCACAAUCCUGUGUCUCAGUCAACUUCUGGGGACCCUGAGACAGACAAGAAAAUCAAGAACCUAAAGAAGAAACUGAAAGCAAUUGAACAACUGAAGGAGCAAGCAGCGGCCGGAAAACAGCUAGAGAAAAAUCAGUUGGAGAAAAUUCAAAAAGAGAAAUCCCUUCUCCAAGAGCUGGAAGAUUUGGAACUGGGUGUUUAAAGAAUCACAGAAAGCAAGUGGGUAACCAGGAAUCAGCAAAAACAGAUCUUUUGUGAACCCCCUGGUUAGACAUGGGGCACCUACAGCUGGCCUCUCUUGCUCAUCUCUAACUACAAUCAUUUAGCCACCAACUCAGCCCAGUCGAAUGUAUUUAAUAAUGUCUAUUAAAUUGAUUUUU